GCACAUCAAUUUUACUUUAAUUCCUGCCAAAAUCACGCAACUUCACACCAUGAAUAAGUGUGCGUUUCCGAUAACCCAAAACCACAAUAAACAGAAUGACACAAUACCUAAAACUAUCCGAAGGACAAUUAAGCUCAUAUCGGACCCUCACACGGUGAUAUAUCUCACUGUUGCUUUCUGACUUUACUAGAGCUUCAUGUAUGACCGACACCAUCUACUUCUACGUGAUGUAAUCAUUUUAAAUCAAAACGGUUACAAAUUACGUGACCUGGCUGCAAUCUUUGAACUGUUGGAUUUAUGCGCAGAAAAAUUGAAGCAUGCGCCUAAUGUGUACAAGGAACAUGUUAUGGCACUUAUUCGACUUUGCAAGUUCCCUUUUCUGAAGGAACUGAGCUCGGAUGAACAAAGAUACCUGGAACUAACCCAAUCCUGUCUUUCGCAGCUAGGUCGUCUUCUACAUGUCACUGACGAGGACGUGCGGUUGGAAGUUUGUCGCUCGCUGGAGGGACUCUAUGAGCCUGCUGAUGCCUUGUCGAUGAUCUCUGAAGUUGCUACGGUGCUUCCAGUGUCCUCAAGUUUCCUACGCGCUGCGGUUGAAGGCAGUACUAUCGUCGAUUCGCUGACAGCUUUUCAGUUGACAGUUACUGAUUUUCGGCAGUCCCGUCUACUCACACUGCGUAUUCUGCAGACACUUUCUAUGCAUUCAGCGACAUGUUCACGAAAACUGAUCACUGCUGGACUACCGAAAUCGAUCUGCUCCACAAUACGCACAAAACUUGAACCUCAUCAUCCUCUUCUGUCCCUUUGUACGGGAAUUUUGCUGAAUUGCAUCGGACAUGAACACUCGCCCGAAACAGUCCGUGAAUGGGUCAACCAAGUGGGAGAUGAGACUUCUCUGGAACAGCUUCAGGAAGUUCUCUUCUACUUACUAGCCCAGAGUCACUCGAAAGCAGCGCGCAGUUUGCGCAACGAUGUUUUGGCUGUGAUCGUGCUCCUGAUCAAAAACGCGGCCUCUAUCAAUUGUCUGGAGCAAUUACACGUAGUGGAGACUGGGUUGGUGGAGAAAAUCGUACAAUUGAUCACUUUUGGAAAAGUCGGAUCGCACGACGCAACAGUUAGGAACUUGAAGUUUGCACCUAAUCCGGAAAACUUUGAAAUGUUGAAGAUGGCCGUCUCCACUCUGGCACUGCUAGCGCGGAGCUCAGCGUUCGUUCAAGUGAGAGUUCUUUUAGUUUUUAUGUCACAACUGACCACAUUUCCUAAGGUAUUUUAUUAUGGAAUACUCAGCGGUUGUAUACAUGGCAUCUCUCUCGAAUAUGCCGGACACAAUUCUCAUGAUGAGUGCGACUGUCAGGUACAGACACCUAUUGCACAACACCCCGAAGCCCGUGGAAAAGAUGCUUGUUUGUAG